UCUCUCUCUCUUUUCCAUGGGGGAAUAGACCAAGGACUUCAAAAAGGACCAAUUGCAACAAGUAAACCCACCGAAAUACGAGAAAUGCGAGGAUAUGUCGAAUUUAACUUAUCUCAACGAUGCUUCGGUCCUGCACAAUUUGAAGCAACGUUACUACGCCAAACUUAUUUACACCUACUCUGGCCUCUUCUGUGUAGCUAUUAACCCCUACAAAAGAUUCCCCGUAUACACCCAAAGAUGCGCGAAACUUUACCGAGGCAAAAGGCGUAACGAGGUGCCGCCUCACAUUUUCGCCAUUUCCGACGGAGCUUACGUCAAUAUGCUUACCAACAGCGAGAAUCAGUCCAUGUUGAUCACCGGUGAGUCUGGUGCCGGGAAAACCGAGAACACGAAGAAAGUAAUCGCGUACUUCGCCACGGUGGGCGCCUCGACCAAGAAAGCGGACGACACGGCCCAAAAGAAAGGCUCUCUGGAGGACCAGGUCGUCCAGACCAAUCCCGUCCUGGAAGCGUUCGGCAACGCCAAGACCGUCCGUAACGACAACUCUUCGCGUUUCGGUAAAUUCAUCCGUAUCCACUUUGGACCGUCGGGAAAAUUGGCCGGUGCCGAUAUCGAGACCUAUCUGCUGGAGAAGGCUCGUGUCAUCUCGCAACAGGCUCUGGAACGCUCUUAUCACAUUUUCUAUCAAAUGAUGUCGGGCUCGGUUCCUGGAUUAAAGGACAUGUGUCUCUUGUCCAACAACAUAUACGAUUAUGUUAACGUAUCUCAAGGAAAAAUCACGAUCCCCAACGUCGACGAUGGCGAGGAAUGUACACUGACGGACCAAGCCUUCGACGUGUUGGGCUUCACCCAGGAGGAGAAGAACGAUAUUUACAAGAUCACCGCUGCUGUGAUGCACAUGGGUGGUAUGAAGUUCAAGCAAAGGGGUCGUGAAGAGCAGGCCGAGGCCGACGGUACAGAGGAAGGUGAACGCGUGGCCAAAUUGUUGGGUUGCGACUGUGCCGACCUUUACAAGAACUUGUUGAAACCAAGGAUCAAGGUCGGUAACGAGUUCGUGACGCAGGGCCGUAACAAGGAUCAGGUGGCGUAUUCGGUGGGCGCCAUGUCGAAAGCCAUGUUCGACAGGCUGUUCAAAUGGUUGGUGAAAAAAUGUAACGAGACUUUGGACACGAAGCAAAAGAGGCAACACUUCAUCGGUGUGCUGGAUAUUGCCGGUUUCGAGAUCUUCGAUUAUAACGGUUUCGAGCAACUGUGUAUCAACUUCACGAACGAGAAACUGCAACAAUUCUUCAAUCAUCACAUGUUCGUCCUCGAGCAAGAGGAAUAUAAGAAAGAGGGUAUCGUCUGGCAAUUUAUCGACUUUGGAAUGGACUUGGCUGCCUGUAUCGAACUGAUCGAGAAGUACAACGGCUUUGAGCAACUGUGCAUCAACUUCACGAACGAGAAACUGCAACAAUUCUUCAAUCAUCACAUGUUCGUACUCGAGCAAGAGGAAUACAAGAAAGAAGGGAUCGUCUGGCAAUUUAUCGACUUUGGGAUGGAUUUGGCCUCUUGUAUCGAACUGAUCGAGAAGCCUAUGGGUAUCCUGUCGAUUCUUGAGGAAGAAUCUAUGUUCCCGAAAGCAACGGACAAAACGUUCGAGGAGAAGCUAAACAACAAUCACCUUGGCAAGAGUCCUAAUUAUUUGAAACCGAAACCACCGAAACCGGGCCAGCAACCGGCUCACUUCGCUAUCGGCCAUUAUGCUGGAAACGUACCGUACAACAUCACGGGUUGGCUGGAGAAGAACAAGGAUCCGUUGAACGACACGGUUGUCGACCAAUUCAAGAAAUCCAGCAACAAACUGUUGGUGGAGAUAUUCGCCGAUCAUCCCGGACAGUCGGGCGAUGCCGGCGGCGGCGGUGGUGGCAAAGGUGGACGCGGUAAGAAGGGAGGUGGUUUCUCCACGGUGUCCUCGUCCUACAGGGAACAAUUGAACAAUCUGAUGACCACGCUGAGAGCCACCCAACCCCACUUCGUCCGUUGCAUCAUCCCCAACGAGAUGAAGCAGCCCGGUGUCAUAGAUUCUCACCUCGUAAUGCAUCAAUUGACUUGUAACGGUGUACUUGAAGGCAUUCGUAUUUGUCGUAAAGGAUUCCCCAACAGGAUGGUCUAUCCUGACUUCAAAUUACGGUACAAGAUUCUUGCACCGGCGGCGGUCGACAAGGUGGCUUCCGACCCGAAGAAGGCUGCUGAGGCGAUUUUGGAAUCGACCGGUCUCGAUCCCGAUCAAUAUCGUCUUGGACACACCAAGGUAUUCUUCCGUGCCGGAGUGUUGGGUCAGAUGGAAGAGUUCCGUGACGAACGAUUGAGCAAAAUCGUGUCUUGGAUGCAAGCGUACAUCAGAGGUUACUUGUCGAGGAAGGAUUACAAGAAGCUGCAGGAGCAACGUUUGGCUUUGGUCGUGGUGCAAAGAAAUUUGAGGAAGUACCUGCAAAUUCGUACUUGGCCGUGGUGGAAGUUGUGGCAGAAAGUUAAACCUCUCCUCAACGUAACUCGUAUCGAGGACGAGCUUGCCGCGCUGGAGGAGAAAGCGAGAAAGGCCCAGGAGGCGUUCGAGAGGGAGGAGAAAUUGCGCAAGGAGCUCGAGGAGCAGAACGGUAAACUCACCACGGAGAGGGAUGCUUUGCAACGGCAAUUGGACGGCGAGAAGGGAUCCCUCUCGGAAUACAUGGAAAAAUCGUUGAAAUUGGCCGCGCAGAAGGCCGAUCUCGAGUCCCAACUUCAGGAUCUGAACGACAGAUUCAAAGAAGAGGAGGAUACGAGAAACAAUCUGUUCCAAAAUAAGAAGAAAUUGGAACAGGAGGUUGCGGGCUUGAAGAAAGAUAUCGAGGAUUUGGAACUUAAUCUGCAGAAGUCGGAGCAGGACAAGGCGACCAAGGAUCAUCAGAUCCGUAACUUGAACGACGAGAUCGCUCAUCAGGACGAGUUGAUCAACAAAUUGAACAAGGAGAAGAAGAAUCAGGGCGAGGUUAAUCAGAAGACCGCCGAAGAGCUUCAAGCUGCCGAGGACAAGGUCAAUCACUUGAACAAAGUGAAGAUCAAAUUGGAGCACACUCUGGACGAAUUGGAAGAUUCAUUGGAACGUGAAAAGAAAUCACGAGCGGACGUAGAGAAGGCGAAGCGAAAGGUGGAGGGUGAUUUGAAACUUACGCAGGAAGCUGUCGCGGAUCUCGAGAGGAACAAGAAGGAACUCGAGCAGACGAUUCAACGCAAGGACAAAGAAUUGUCGUCGUUGACCGCGAAACUCGAGGAUGAACAAUCGUUGGUGGGCAAACUGCAGAAACAGAUCAAGGAGUUGCAGGCCCGUAUCGAAGAAUUGGAGGAAGAGAUCGAGGCUGAACGCGGCUCGCGAGUGAAAGCGGAGAAACAGCGCAGCGACUUGGCGCGGGAACUCGAGGAACUAGGCGAACGUUUGGAGGAAGCCGGUGGCGCCACGUCCGCCCAAAUCGAGCUCAACAAGAAGAGAGAGGCCGAGCUUAGCAAACUUCGCAGAGACCUCGAGGAGGCCAACAUCCAGCACGAAACCACUCUUGCCAAUUUGCGCAAGAAGCACAACGAUGCCGUUGCCGAGAUGGGAGAGCAAAUCGACACGCUCAACAAACUGAAAGCUAGGGUUGAAAAGGACAAGGUUCAAUACUUCAGCGAAUUAAACGACAUGCGCGCAUCGGUAGACCAACUGAGCAACGAAAAGGCCGCCCAAGAGAAGAUCGUGAAACAACUGCAACACCAAUUGAACGAGACCCAGGGUAAAUUGGAGGAGGUGAACCGCACGUUGAACGAUUUCGACGCGGCCAAGAAGAAAUUGUCGAUCGAGAACAGCGACCUGUUGAGGCAAUUGGAGGAGGCCGAGUCCCAGGUGAACCAAUUGUCCAAGAUCAAGAUAUCGCUGACGACCCAGCUCGAGGACACGAAACGAUUGGCCGACGAGGAGUCGAGGGAGCGCGCCACCCUCCUCGGCAAAUUCCGCAACUUGGAGCACGACUUGGACAAUAUUCGGGAGCAGGUGGAGGAGGAGGCCGAGGGGAAGGCCGAUCUGCAGAGGCAGCUGAGCAAGGCGAACGCCGAGGCCCAGUUGUGGCGAACGAAAUACGAGUGAGGCGUGGCCAGGGCGGAGGAGUUGGAGGAGGCGAAGAGGAAGUUGCAGGCGCGGUUGGCCGAGGCCGAGGAGACGAUCGAGUCGUUGAACCAGAAGGUUCUCGCGUUGGAGAAGACGAAGCAGAGAUUGUCGACCGAGGUGGAGGACCUGCAGAUCGAGGUGGAUCGAGCGACAGCGAUCGCGAACGCGGCGGAGAAGAAGCAGAAGGCGUUCGACAAGAUAAUCAGCGAAUGGAAGCUCAAAGUGGACGAUCUCGCCGCCGAGUUGGACGCAAGCCAAAAGGAAUGCCGCAAUUACAGCACGGAAUUGUUCAGGCUCAGAGGCGCGUACGAGGAGGGGCAGGAACAGUUGGAGGCGGUGCGUCGGGAGAACAAGAAUCUGGCCGACGAGGUGAAGGAUCUGUUGGACCAGAUCGGCGAGGGUGGGCGAAACAUUCACGAGAUCGAGAAGGCGAGGAAGCGGUUGGAGGCUGAGAAGGACGAGCUCCAGGCCGCCCUCGAGGAAGCGGAGGCCGCUUUGGAGCAGGAGGAGAACAAGGUGUUGCGCAGCCAGCUCGAGCUGAGCCAAGUGAGGCAGGAGAUCGACCGCCGCAUACAGGAGAAGGAGGAAGAGUUCGAGAACACGAGGAAGAAUCACCAACGUGCCCUCGACUCUAUGCAGGCAUCCCUCGAAGCCGAAGCCAAGGGUAAAGCGGAGGCGUUACGGAUGAAGAAGAAACUGGAGGCGGACAUAAACGAGUUGGAGAUCGCUCUGGAUCACGCGAACAAGGCGAACGCCGAGGCGCAGAAGAACAUAAAGAGAUACCAGCAACAGUUGAAGGACGUGCAGACAGCGCUGGAGGAGGAGCAGAGGGCGCGCGACGAGGCGAGAGAGUUGCUGGGGAUCUCGGAGCGGCGGGCGAACGCUCUUCAAAACGAGCUCGAGGAGAGCCGUACACUUCUCGAGCAGGCGGAUCGCGGACGCCGCCAGGCGGAACAAGAGUUGGCCGAUUGCCACGAGCAGUUGAACGAGUUGGGCGCCCAGAACGCCUCCAUCUCUGCCGCGAAGAGGAAACUCGAGGCCGAGCUUCAAACCCUUCACUCCGAUCUGGACGAGUUGUUGAACGAGGCGAAGAACUCCGAGGAGAAGGCGAAGAAGGCGAUGGUGGACGCGGCGAGACUGGCCGACGAGCUUCGAGCCGAGCAGGAUCACGCCCAAACCCAGGAGAAACUUCGCAAAGCGCUCGAGACCCAGAUCAAGGAGCUUCAGGUACGCCUGGACGAGGCCGAGGCGAACGCUCUGAAGGGUGGCAAGAAGGCGAUCCAGAAGUUGGAGCAACGCGUCCGCGAAUUGGAGAACGAACUCGACGGAGAGCAGAGGAGACACGCCGAUGCCCAGAAGAAUCUCCGCAAAUCCGAACGUCGCAUCAAGGAGCUUAGCUUCCAGGCCGACGAAGAUCGCAAGAAUCACGAGCGCAUGCAAGAUUUGGUCGACAAGCUGCAGCAGAAGAUCAAGACGUACAAGAGGCAGAUCGAGGAAGCGGAGGAAAUCGCCGCUCUGAAUCUCGCGAAAUUCCGCAAAGCGCAACAAGAGCUCGAGGAGGCGGAGGAGAGGGCGGACCUCGCCGAGCAGGCGAUCACCAAGUUCCGCACCAAGGGACGCGGAGGAAGUGCCGCGCGUGGACUGAGCCCAGCGCCUCAUCGACCUGCGUUCAAACCCCAAUUGGAUGGUUCCGCAUUCCCGCCACGCUUCGACCUGCAGCCCGAUGGUGAACUGUAAAAAUCUCUAUCUGCGACCAAAAUAUUGUAUUUUUGUUAGAAAACAAAACAUUAUCGCAACAGCUUAACGAACGAAGGAAUUAAUCGCAAUCGGCGAACGUUUCAUCGUGUCUCAUCUCAUUCGAAUAACUCAUCCCAUUAUCUUCAUACCUACGCAUACCUUGUUGUUCGCGUUGUUCGGAAUAGAAUACGGAAAGAAUGUCUCGUCGCGAUGUCCACGCUUGGUCACCUUGCCAGUUUCGAGAAAUAAAACAAGAAAGAAAGAAAGAAAGAAAAGAGACGGUAAUAUUGAAGAAUACUUUUUGCUCGUUUUUUAAACACGUUUUUUAACAGCGUAUAUUUAUUUACAUACGAUGUGUACGCAAGCAAGAUUACUUAAUUAAAAAGAUCGAUAGAAGAAAAGAAGAAGAAGAAAAGAAAAAAUGGGUGGUGAUAUAAGUGGAGGAGGAGAGGAGAAAUGACUUCACCACUCGCGCUGACGGUCGAGGAAAGAGAGAAUGAAAGAAAAGAGUGAGAGUGGGAGAGCAAGAGAGAGUAUAAGAGAGAGAGGAAAGAUACGAGCGGCCGAAAUGCAACGCGAUUGAUCGAAAGUCGAGAAAACGUUGAACGCGUUAUAAUACGUGGCAUACUGGCAUACGCGCGUAUCAAGCGGACGAAUCGAUAAAUGGAAAUGAAAAUAUACGCGUUAAAAGAGAAAACGGAACGCGAGAUUAUUAG